AUGCCGGCCGCCGGACAAUGGGGCAGACCGGCAGUGGGAGCGGGGGUGGACGAUAGGCCGCAGGGUCGGGAUCGAGGCGGCGAGGAUGACGAUGUUUGCCUCGAGCGUCCACCAGAUGGCGAGGGGGGCCAUGGCAUGGCGAUCAUGGCGCUGGCUUCAUUACCCAUUGUCCGUGUCCCAGGACAUUGCAUGGACGAAAGGCAGACGCAAGCAAACUCACAAGAGACCCAGCCCCAUCAAGCACGAAAGCGACGCCUUCUUCUUCCGCUCCAUGUUCAUGCUCCAGAACAUGCUCGCGGGGAAUACGGCGAGGGCGAGGUCUACCGCGCAACUGACGGCUUUCCCCAAUGCCUCAAGUCAGCCGUUCAAUACGGUCCAGACAUAUGCAACAUCACGCGAGCUUACAGCCCUGAAAAUACCCCAUAUGCUGCUGCACCUCCGGCGGCCAGCAGCUCCCAGGCACCUGGGGAUCCCAUCUGCAACGACCUGGAUGCAAAUGACGCACCACAGGAGGCGCGAGCGCCACCGGAUGGACGGGAGAAGGCCCAGCAGCAGCGAGGCGUAGGCGACGCGGCCGACGCACGGCGACAGGAUCGAGAAGAACUGGCAUAG